AUGUCUGAUACAACUAAAAAAGAACUCGUUCAGGAUUUAUACGAUGCUGCACUUUUAACGUCCGGAGUCGUUGGGAUUUCAUACGCAGCUAAAAUGAUCGCUGGGAAAAGUCUGGGUGCACCGAUGACGUUAGAAGGAGCGAUGAAACUGGGUGUUGCCGUUGCAGGAAGUUCCUUUGCCGUUGCAUAUCUCAAAGACAAAGGCUACGUUCCCAAAACAAUCGGUCAAUAAUAAACGAUGACAACGAAUUUAGUGGUCGGUGGACUUUUUAAUGCGGUCGCUUUCGCAGGUGCAGGAUUUUUAUUCAGUCACUUAAAUCAAAACGGGUACAAAGAAGAAGUUCGAAGACAUAAUCGUGCGUUGGAAGAAUUAGCGGCGGCAAAAGAAAAAUUUUACGAAUCCGAAGUCAAAAGACGGAAUCAGGAAUUACGACGACGUCAAGAAAUCUUAGACGCGAAUCAUGAUAUCGAAGAGACGAAUAAAGCGUUAGACGAAUUAAGAAAUUAUAAUCGUCGACAAUACUUGAAUGCAUUAGAUCGUAAACCUAAAUUCGAAGAUUAUUAUCAACCGUCGGAUGAAAUGCAAAAAUAUUUAACGAUGACGGUUGGAAUUCUAGGAGUGGGUGGUGGUUAUGUACUGACGCGAAUUUUUUAA